CCUACAUUGGGACUAUGUGGCCGUAAUGCUAAUGUUGCGGUGCAGUAAAUGCCCGGGUUUCUAAAGCGCUGGUUUUUGUGGUAUGGUCCAGUUGGGACUGAGAACCUGCGGGGUUAAAAUAGGGGGGAAAUGAAUUUAUUAUUGAUUAUACCAACUACAUUUUUGAAUGAGUUCAAAGUCGUGAUCUUUCACGGUGGCUUUUGUGUCGACAUGCGGUUGUAUUUAGACAUCUUUUCCCGGGCGGCCUCUCGAGCAAACGUUGACCGCGUUUUCCUUCUUACCCCCGCUGAGAGUCUUGUGUGACCGCUCUGUACACGAAGUGACAUGCUGGUUUAUUUUGGCGUGCAUGUCCCAGGCAUGUUCUAUCAGCUGCACGAAAGUGUGUUUGGAGACCAGGAAAACCUUUGUUUCAGGCAUCCCUGGCUGUCUUCGGAGUGAAGUGAUAGUGGUUGGUGAAAGGCCUGGCACCUUGCUGCCAUGGAGACCAAGCAGGAACCUUCUGCCGUGUGGAGCCAGACUACUGACAGUGAUUCAGGAAACGGCACACAGGUGCAUUUUGAAGGAGGCACAGUGGCCCAGAUAGUGUACAGUGGAGAUCAGGCAGACCGAGGACAGCAGCAGGUGGUUUACACUGCAGACGGGAACUCCUAUACCUCUGUAGAUUCUGCAGAGCACACGCUGGUCUACAUACACCCUGCAGAUGGCACUCAGACUGUAUUUGCUGAUCAGCCACAAGUAGCUUACAUUCAGCAGGAUGGUACAACCCAACAAGUCACAGUUUUGUUGCCCAGUGGACAGAACAUGAAUGCUGCCAAUCUGCAUGUUCUUAGUAAUGUCGCAGAGGCUCCCCAAGCUAUCCUGGAGCCAGUUUCUCAGGAGCAGCUGUCCGUGUCCAAUUCGCUCCCCUCCAUGGCUGACAUGGCGGACGCCCCCAGCAGUCCCCUCGGGGCCACAGACUCCACAGACGACUCUGACGAAGAUGAGGAUGAAGACUCUGAGAUGGAUGACUGGGAACCUCGCGAGCCUCAGUCGUUCAACCCCCACAGCCUCUGGUGUGAGGAGUGUAAUAAUGCCAACCCCUCUGUGUGUCUGAAGCACGGCCCUCUGCACCCCAUCCCCAACCGGCCAGUGAUGUCCAAGGCCCGGGCCAGUCUGCCUCUGGUCCUCUACAUCGAUCGCUUCCUGGGUGGGGUGUUCUCCAAGAGGCGCAUCCCAAAGCGCACACAGUUUGGUCCUGUGGAGGGACCCCUGGUUUCUCAGAGUGAACUGCAGGAGCAUUACAUUCAUCUGAAACUGUGCAUGCUGGAUGCAGAGAAAGACGGAGAGAAGUCCAGCGACAUGUGGUUCGACCUUUCUGAUGAAGACAGCUGUAACUGGAUGAUGUUCGUCAGACCUGCUCAGAACCACCUGGAGCAGAACCUGGUGGCCUAUCAGUAUGGCUCCGAGAUAUUUUACACAACCAUCAAGAACAUCCAACCCAAACAAGAGCUCAAGGUUUGGUACGCAGCAUCAUAUGCAGAGUUUGUCAAUCGGAAGAUCCACGAUGUUACAGAAGAAGAGAGAAAAGUGCUCCGGGAGCAAGAGAAGAACUGGCCUUGUUAUGAGUGCAACCGGCGCUUUGUGAGCUCUGAACAGCUGCAGCAACAUCUCAACAUGCAUGACGACAAGUUAAACUCUGUUACUAGAUCCAGAGGCCGGGGUCGAGGAAGAGGCAGAAGGAGAUUUGGGACAGGAAGAAGACCGGGACGCCCUCCUAAAUUUAUACGCUUGGAUCCACCGUUAGAUGCUGGCGGGGACAAGACAACAGAGAUGCUGGAGUUGACGGAGAAGCCGCUGGAGGAGCAAGCAGAGGGAGCUCAGAACGGGCUGAAGGUGGUGGAGAUGGAGCCGGAGGUGGAGGCUGUGACCGAAGCAGAGCUUAUAACCCCUGCAGGUGAACCGGUUUCAGAGUCCGUCACCCCGCCCUCCAACACGGACCUAAAGGAGGACCCGACGCAAAGCAUCCAACCCGACGCCCACAUCACAUCUCAGGACAUGCGACGUGCCAAGAGGAUACGGAACGCAGCACUGCAGCACCUUUUCAUCAGGAAGAGUUUCCGUCCUUUUAAAUGCACCCACUGUGGCAAGGCCUUCAGGAACAAAGACAAGCUGGAUCAGCACCUGCGGGUCCACGGCCAGGACGCCUACACCUUUUCCUGCCACAUCUGCAACAAGAGCUUCAUGAGUGACUCGGCCCUGGAGGACCAUCUGUUGCUGCACACGGAGAACCGCUCUUUCUCUUGUCUCUUAUGCCCUGAAACCUUUGAAAGGCUGGACCUGCUAAAAGACCAUGUCGCGGUUCACGCUGUGGACGGCUGCUUCACCUGUCCCUCCUGCAAGAAGACGUUUACUGACUUCAUUCAGGUGAAGAAGCAUAUCCGCUGCUUCCACUCAGAGAAGAUCUUCCAAUGCCCAGACUGUGAAAAGGCCUUCUGCCGACCGGAUAAACUGCGCUUGCACAUGUUACGCCACUCUGACCGCAAGGACUUCCUGUGCUCAACAUGCGGCAAACAGUUCAAGAGGAAAGAUAAGCUGCGGGAACACAUGCAGCGAAUGCACAAUCCAGACCGAGAGGCGAAGAAGGCAGACCGAAUCCACCGCUCCAAAACCCUCAAACUGAAGGUGCCCACCACUGACUUCGAGAGCUUCAUGUUCAAAUGCAGAGUGUGCAUGAUGGGGUUCAGACGCAGAGGAAUGCUGGUCAAUCACUUGGCCAAGCGUCAUCCAGAGAUGCGUAUUGAUGAUGUGCCUGAGCUAACGCUGCCAAUAAUCAAGCCCAACAGGGACUAUUUCUGCCAGUAUUGUGACAAGGUGUACAAGAGUGCCAGUAAGAGGAAAGCCCACAUUCUGAAGAACCACCCUGGGGCAGAGUUGCCUCCCAGCAUACGUAAAUUGCGCCCGGCUGCUCCUGGUGAGCCUGAUCCCAUGUUGAGCACACACACCCAGCUGACUGGCACCAUCGCCACUGCACCAGUCUGUUGUCCACACUGUGCCAAACAGUACAGCAGCAAGACUAAGAUGGUUCAGCACAUCAGGAAAAAACAUCCGGAGUUUGCCCAACUCGCCAACACCAUCCAGACUCCUCUGACUACAGCUGUCAUCAGCAGUGCUCCUGCGGUCAUCAGUUCAGACGGCACCACGGCUGAGGCUGUAGUGACCACAGAUCUGCUGACUCAGGCCAUGACGGAGCUUUCUCAAACGCUGACCACAGACUACCGCACGGCGCAGGGAGACUACCAGAGGAUCCAGUACAUCCCCGUGUCUCAGGCAGGAGGAAGCCUGUCCCAGCCGCAACACAUUCAGCUGCAGGUGGUGCAGGUCGCUCCGGCUUCCUCCCCACAUUCCCAGCACCCCACAGUAGAUGUGACUCAGCUGCAUGACCCUCACGGCUACAGCCAGCACUCCAUCCAGGUACAACACAUCCAGGUCACCGAGCCCUCUGGCACUGGACAGGCGUCCACGCAGGUCACAGGUCAGCCUCUAAGCCCCACCUCCCAGCAGCCUAGUCAGGAGCUGAGCCCCACCCAGCUCACCCCUGUGACCUUAGCUCAGAGCCACACUCUGCAGACCAGCAGCACCCAGCAGCAGCAGCAGCAGCAGCAGCAGCAGGGGACUGUGCAGCACGCCUACAUACCAGGAAACUGGAAUUACAGGGGCUACUCGUCUGAGAUCCAGAUGAUGGCUUUACCUCACACGCAGUAUGUGAUAGCUGAGGCCAGCACGCCUGUUUCUGGAGUCAACAGCAACCAGGUGAAAACGACACACUACGUUAUCUCUGAGGGUCAGGCUGAGCUGGAGACCAAACAGGCUGUUCCUCAGAAUGCAACCCAGGCCCACGCCGAACAUCUGGAGCAGCAGCCGGCCAAUCAGCAAGCCACCACGCAGUACAUCAUCACUACGACCACCAAUGGCAGCGGCACUAGUGAAGUUCACAUCACAAAGCCCUGAUGUGCUCUGCAAACCCAGCACAGACCCACGGACUGAUCCCGCAUGUAGACCUCAGCAGCUUGUACGCACAUAAAUGAACUAACACACAGUCAUACGCACAGACUUGUGUACACAGAAAGCUAAAACGGGGCUCGAGUGAUGUCCAGCACAGUUUUAUGUGUCUGUAAGGUGUUCAGGUGUUGAAGGAGCCGAGACAAUAAAGUCAGCAGAGAGAUAAAA